AUGUCGUUUCGCUCACGCAAUUCAUAUUAUUUGCGCAUCUCCGCGAGCACCGUUUUGCCAGUGUAUUUGUAUCUCGAUGAUCGGCAUAUCCAGUGGAUGUCGGACAUGGUUCUACAGCAUGUGCUAGAAGACCUUCGACCCCUCGUCCUCCCAAAGCUACAGGCAGAGCAAGAGGUACUAUUCGGUUCUGGGUCAUCAGCUAACCAUAAGAAGGGCACUGUGGACGUUCAUCGAGGAGAGUCCUAUCAGUUUGCGUAUUUCUUUCGCAAGACGGAGCCUCAUUCUGUGGUCAUUAAGGCGAUAAAACUCAUUGUCAUCCAGACUCGGACGUUUGUAGCCGCUCCUGUAUCUUCAGUUCAGCAACAUAUACCGCCACAAGCGCCCCUUCCAAAAAGCCGAUCUGGGAAAAGAAAAGGUAGUACCAAAGAAAAUGGUACGGGAAGUUCAAAUAAUGGGCGCAAGAAGCGGAAAACCAAAGGCAAGAGCAGAGCGCGAAGUGAAGAGGAGGAAGAGGCAUUGAAUAUGUCGGAUAUGCAUAGUGACGAUGAAGUAUCGCACUUUACUUCCGCCCCUCGACGCUCUCAGAGAGCAAGGAAAGUAGUAGCCGGUAGAUAUCAGGAAGACGACGAGGAUCAGGAAAUACAAUCUAUCAACGUACCAGAUUCAGGGGAAGAAGAUAUUGAUAUGGAACCACCGAUGGGAGAUGUUCCACUAGGGAAACAUCCAGACACGUGCCUCGACGGAAAUUUGCUCGCUAUGGAGGAGGUCGAUUCUGCCAGAGCAACAGUCAAACAAGAGGAUAGAGAUAUUCCUCUGGCAAAUCCAUCAACUGAAGAUCAGUUUCCUACUUCUGAUGAUGUGGAGAUAGUCGGACAAACUGAGCUCCCUGCACCCGAGAUUGAGCUCGAAGUAGAGGAGGAAGAAAAAAAACCGAAACCUCUGUUACGGCUCAAGUAUCAGGGUUUUAACAUUCUGGGACACUGCCUCUGCAUUGUCGUGGAGCCUUGGCCCGCUAUUCGCUCAGCUACCCGUGCACCAUCUAUUGCCCCGCUGAGCUUGGGAGCUACUGCAUUAAGAGGGCCAAGUAUAGCACCACCAGAUUUUGUACCGUCGCGCCAGGGUGGAGCCUUACAGAGGGAGCGGACACCACUAUUUCUUCCCGAUCUUGACGAUAGAGACAGAAGUGCAACUCCUGCCCCAUUGAGCUUGUGGCAAGAAAAAGUCCGUCCACCGGUCCCACUUUUUAACGAAUCGGCUCCUGGCGACAGCGAUGAUGAUGGGUAUAGUAGCGACGGACUGAUGAACUUCAGUCAAAUGCUCAAUGCCACUGGAGAUUCACACGCCGCUGCAGCGGAUGAGGAAGAGGAUAUGGAUGGUGCAAUAUUAUUCGGAGAUGCGGACGAGUUCCGAGAAUUUUCGUAGAUAGUUAUAUUAUAUGACGAUACAU